GAUUGAAAGGUAAUUAAAUUCCUUCCCUCUAUAUAUAAUGUAAUACGAUUACACAACUAAAAAUCCAAAAUUUGCCCGAGCUUUGAGUACCUUCUCUUCCACGAUAAUAAAGGUCUCAGCUUUCUGAAAAACCAAUGGUUCUCGAGGCGACGAUGAUAUGCAUUGAUAACUCUGAAUGGAUGCGAAAUGGAGACUAUUCUCCGUCUCGAUUUGAAGCUCAAACGGAAGCUGUUAAUCUCAUAUGUGGAGCCAAAACUCAGUCUAAUCCGGAGAACACUGUGGGAAUUUUGACAAUGGCGGGUAAAGGGGUUCGUGUUUUGGCUACUCCUACCACUGACCUUGCAAAAAUAUUGGCUUGCAUGCAUGGUCUUGACAUGGGUGGUGAGUUAAACUUAGCAGCUGGCAUCCAGGUGGCUCAAUUGGCUCUUAAGCAUCGCCAAAACAAAAAUCAGCAGCAAAGAAUAAUUGUUUUUGCUGGAAGUCCUGUCAAAUAUGACAAGAAGGUACUGGAGAUGAUAGGAAAGAAAUUAAAAAAGAAUAGUGUAGCUCUUGAUAUUGUAAAUUUUGGGGCAGAAGAUGAUGGAAAGCCGGAGAAACUGGAAGCCCUUCUUUCAGCUGUUAACAAUAAUGACAGUAGUCAUAUAGUUCAUAUUCCACCCGGACCGGACGCUCUUUCCAAUGUGCUUCUCAGCACACCUGUAUUUACUGGGGAUGGAGAAGGAGGAAAUGGCUUUGCCGCCGCAGCUGCCGCUGCUGAUGGACACUUUGAUUUUGGUGUAGAUCCCAAUAUAGAUCCUGAGCUGGCUCUUGCACUUAGAGUGUCCAUGGAAGAGGAGAGAGCAAGGCAAGAAGCUGCUGCCAAAAGGGCUGCUGAGGCUGCUGCUCAACAAGAGAAAGGGGAGGAAUCAUCUUCCAAUUCGCAGGAUGUAACAAUGGCUGAAAGUGGGCACCCUGUUACUGCUGAAACAACAGAGAAAAACACUGAUCGAAUGGAUGAGGAGAAAGUCGUACUGGAUCAGGCUCUGGCAAUAUCAAUGGAUAUCCCUAGAUCCGAUCAUUCCAUGGGUGAUACUGCUAAUGAGGAUCCUGAGUUGGCCUUGGCUCUUCAAAUGUCCAUGCAGGAAAGUGCUGAAGAUUCAUCAAACCAGUCAGAUGUUAGCAAGGUCCUGGGAGAUCAGGCGUUUAUGUCAUCUAUCAUUGCAUCUCUUCCUGGAGUUGACCCGAAUGAUCCUUCAGUUAAAGAGUUGCUUGCAUCUUUGCAAGGCCAAUCUGAGUCCGAACAAAAGGAGGAAGAACCAUCAAAAGAUGACAAGUAAAAGCUUGGUUUAUUUUAAUCAAGAUGGCUUUGGUAUGUACCUUCUAAUGAAUAUUGAUGAUGCUUCACUUUGUUUGUGGCUAAGGAGGGCAUUCAUCAUUUAUGCUCCUAAAACAUUUGUAAGCCAACAGGCCGGUGCUCUAAAACUCAAAUGGGUAUGGUAAUGAUUUCUUAAUGUAGUUUGGCUAUACUUCAAAUCAUUAUGAACUCUCCCUUCCCCUUAGGGUUAUAUUUGAAACAAAAAAA